AUGGAAGACUGGGGCAUGCUCAGCGUCGCGGACGUGAUCGACGGUGAUGUCGACAGCGACGACACAACAGCAGACACGUUCAACGGUGAUGUGUCAACGGAGUACGAUGUCGCAGGUGCACCCUUGUUCCUUCUUGACGCUGCUUUUGCGCCUGAGUUGCAGCGUGCGAUGCUGUCUAGCGUGAAAUACAGGCUGUCGGCGCACUCAACACGCAUAGAGCGAGUAUUUGCAGCGCGUUUUCGCAAGCUGAAAGUUUCUCUGUCUUCGUCAAGGCGGAUUCGCCAGCGUCUCAGCGAGACGAUCGCACUCAUGGGCGUAUCUCUUCCGGAAAAAAGUGAGCACACCAGCCUCCUUUCGACAAUUGCUCUCUUGGGAGCUCUCACGAAUAGGGAGGAAGCUGGAGCAUACGCGUCGGUUCUCCUUGACAGCCUCGCCCACGUGAACUGGGAACUCGCUUCCCCACAGUCUUGCCACGAGUUGUUUGGCAUGGUGGAGAUGCACUCUAGCGAUGGAGUCCUCAAUGACGGAACAAAAGCUGCCGUUGCACGCGCUAAGCACGAUCUUGCUCUGCGCAGUGGCCGACUCUCGCUGCUCUUGAACUGUCUUCUCGCGCAGGACAGCACGCUCGAGCUCGGGCCUGAGGUGCUCCCGUGCACGACACCAUCGCGUUGCGUUUGCGUUUCCGCCACGACGACCGCGAGCUUUCUCGUGAAGACACUCGUUUUGCCAGCGCACUUUCGCAUCAAAGACACUCUGCGCUGCUUCUUCAGCGACCGCACGGCACGCUUUCUGGGGAACACGCACGUUGCACACUUUGAAGCGAUGGGCACAAUGGAAACCCGCUUUUUGCAGCGCGGCACCGAACCACUUCCAGGCGGCCGUGGUGAUGUGGUGCUGUACGUUAGCCCCACCUGCGUGCUUCGCAUCAAAGCAAUUGGGCGGGACGAGCAGUACUGGCACUUUUCGACGCAUCUCCAUGACAACACCGCCAAAGAAAAGGUACACCACGGACGAUUAGCCCUCCGGACGGCGGGUCUCCCGUUCUCUGAAGUGCGGUUUCACUUUUGCAUCAGCGAGGCCAUAUCUCUAUGCUGUAUGGUCUCCUCUCACCCGCCACAGCGGACACGUGGCAGCAUCUAUGUGGGCGAGGUCGCUAUCAGCGCCCUUCAUAAUGCCACACGAAAGGACGAAUUUGCCACCAUGGAACUGAAGCCGCUUCUCCGCUCUCCGGUCCUCCAUUGCGGCUCAGGGCAGCACAAGGCGUUUCACUUCACCAAGUCAGUUUCUGUCUCGAUUGGGCGAGUCACCUUAAAAGAGCUGUUUCACCCUUUUUGCGUCGAAAUGUGGGUCUUUCCCCGCAGCGUUGACAAGGAUCAAACGUUUCUUUCCAUCGGCGACAAGGGAGUGGAUGAGGUCCUUCUGGGGUUGGAACUCGUCGGGAACGGAGUACGGUGGCGCGGCGGCGCGCGAACUCCGCGGCUCGGCUCCUCCUUUGCAACUUUCACUUCACCAGGGAAACUCGUUGUGGUGGAGCGAUGGUGGCACGUGGCGCUGAAUUUCGACGGCGCCACAUGGGAACUGUGGCUCGACCACGAGUUGGUCUCUCGGCAGCCAGCGCUCGUCUCGCCUCAGGCGAUCGCGGAUGCGAAGUGUGUCGUGGGGAAGAGCUUCAUUGGCAUGGCCGCGGAGGUGCGCGUCUGGCAGCACACGCGGACCAGCGCGCAGCUGAUCCGUGACGCACGCCGUCCUCUUAGUGGAACCGAAGACGGCCUGUGCGGGUAUUUUCCUUUCAACGAGGGACACGGUAAUGUCAUCAUGGACUACGCGCCGCACCACGAGCACGCUCUUCUGCCGUUUGGAGAGCCCUACUGGUGCGCGGUGGACACUGUUCCCGUGCUGGCCGACCCGCGCAGCGUACUCUACGUCGCUGACUUCGUCCCACUCGCCUGGAUUGAGGAGGCAGACGAGGUAUUUUUUGCUGCGUCGUCGGAGUCGUACACGGUCGCCGGUGUGCGCUCUGAUCACACGCUGUGCGUCUUCGAUUACGCCUGCGACGACCACCGUUUGGUGUCGCAGCGCACCGUGGAGCUGCCGAGUGAGUGGACCAUCAAGAGCGUCUCGAGCCACGCAACUCGUGCUUCCCUGGUGUGCUGUGCCGUCGUAGCAAAGCCCACCGCCGCCGUAGGAGCGGCGGAAGCGAGCGCCGCGGUGCAGGUGUGUUUGUGGGAGAUGUGGGCAUACGUGGGCUACGUGGAGGCGACACAACCAGUUCCGUACACGUCGACGUGGUCGUGGGGGAAGGCCGUGCUGACUCGCAGCGCCCGCCAUGCGCAGCGCUAUCUCACCGCGGUGCAGUUCUUGACAGAUCACUCGUCGUGGGCGGCGUCGGUGCCUCCUUUUGUGCUCGACCAAGAUGACGAAGUCCUGAUGUUGCUCCUUCGUCUCGCGCGGCGUGCAUUGGCGCUGACGCCGCCGCAGGACCUUGUGCUGGCGCAGCAGGCGUCAUGCCUGCUUGAGCUGAAUUUGCUGACACGCUUCUACAAUUCCCCUCAGCAGUUCGCCCAGCGCGUGGGUCGGUGCUACAGCAGCGUUGAGCAGCUUCUGCAAAGUGCAGAGGAGGUCGAAGAGGACGGCAAGAACAAUAUAGGGCAACGUGACACUUUGACACCGCCGCUGCGGGAAGCCGUCACGCGACUGGCGUUGCAGCCUGCGUUUGUUCAGACCUGUUCCUCCUCCGCGCUGCUCCGCUGCUGUUGCCAGUGCUUCUUGGACGAGUCCCGCCGUGUUGAAUUCCUGGAAAAGCACGCCGGCAGGCAGCGAACCGCUGCCGUAAACACGAUGUAUGCCUGUCUCCUUUCGCUUUACAGCUCGCUGCAUAUUUCGUACGACCUUCUGGCUUCCUUGCCAGCGGAGCGGCUAUCCGCGCUCUUCGCCGCGUUGUUCCGUGAGGCCAUGUUCUAUGUGGCGCACGCCUUCCGUGCGCAGAGCACGGAAGGGCUGCAACGCACCAGUCACUGCCUCGAGGUCAUGGCGGAGGUGCUUCACGCAGGCGGUGGGGACGCCAGUGGCGGUAAGGAUGUGGAUGGCGGGGCGGUGCGACGUGAGAUACUGCAAUGUGCGUUCAGCACCGCCCUUCUCAAGUGCUGCGGCAAGAUAAUCGACGCCGUUGCGGCGUCGCUGCGGCAGAACAACAGCGCGGAGCCCACUCUUCUCCGUUGCCUCCAGCUGAGCCCCGUCGGCGCACUACUCGCUUCUUUUUCCGUCUCGCUGCCGCUGUUGCCCACGUCGGCGCUGGAGGCGUGCGCGUCGCAUCUGCAGCGGUGUCGCGAGUCUCUCCUCGUGCUGAUGGAUCAGUUUCCCUCCGAGGAGGCGAAGCGGUGGGCGUCUCGCCUGUGCGUAGCCAUCACGUACUCUCUCGCGCAGCUCGGCUGCGCGCUGCUCGACCCGCGUCCCACCGCACAGCAGGUGGCAGCUGCCCGCCACACCGCAUUGCUCAACGCGUCGUCGUCUUCCGACGUUGCCCAACCGGCGUACCUGAGUCUGCUCCGUAACGGACAGCGCAAGUCUAACACGGAGCGCGACACGUUCAUCAAGAAUCUGCAGGGCGGCGUUGGCGCCAUCAGCAAAGCCUUCGACGAACUGCAGAGGAAAGAUGUUUCGGCGCUGCGAGUAGUGCGUGACGAGGAGCUGCGGGAGAUGGAGCGGCAGGUGAUGGCAGCGUGUUGCGCGUUGCUGCUCCCGACGAGCGCGAUGCGGGACGCGAGCAAAGAAAAUCUCCAGCCUGCCUUUCAGCUGGUGCUCAAGUUGCGCCCCUGGGUGUUAUCCAAGAGGCAGGAGUCGAAGGCGUACGUGGCGACGGUGCGGGAGCGGGCCGUGUUUCUCGCCCUCUUUGAGCCGAUCGCUGACAUGGAGGAAGACGAUGUGGCAGCAGCAGUGCACCCGUCAGCCGCUGCUGGGUCCGCUGCAUCGGCUAAGCGAACCGCUAUCGCCACCGCAGAUCCGCGCGCCGCCCGCGCUGCAGAGCGGAAACGCUGGCAGAAGCUCUAUAAGAGCUGGAAAGCCAUGCGCCAACUGAAGGCGCUCAUGGCCUCGCGCGAAGAUAUGGCCGACAUGAACGCCAGCGCUGAGGUGAUGGCUUGCUUUCAGAGCGAGGUGAGCACAGAGGAGAUGAAGACGGCGGUAUCGUGGCGGUCUGAAAAGGCCAGGUACCGCUUUGUCGGGUUACAACUGCUGUGGGAGCUCACCGAAGAGGCAUGUCGGAGCGUCCUGUUGGCGCGGGUGCUGCACCCGGUUAUCGCGCGCGCCUUGUGCGGCUGGCACUAUGCCGAUGGCGUUGAUGGCUGCUCGGUUGAGCAGCUCACCCGUUUGCAGAGCGCGUUUUUCCACUUAAUGCGGGCCGCGGUGAAGGCGUACACGCUCGUGCAGGAGACCCAGCCGUGGGGGCUGCUUCUCUCCUCCUUGCUGUCUUGUCCGUUUCGCCGCACGGACUUUCGACGGUUGCGGACCGUCGGCGUGUCGGCGGAUCUGCUGCGUUGUCUCUGGGGCGCCGAGGAGUCUCGAGAGGUGCUGUAUCAGUGCGUGAACGGUGAUGUGCCGGCGGAGCUGCGUACGACCAAAUUGCGGCCAGAGGGCUGCGCGAGUACGAUGACAGUGGGCGCGGCAGGUCUCACCCUGCGCUCCUCGGGAUUCCGCGGCAGUUGCGUUGCACCGUGCACCUGGACCGCGCCGCAGCGAAGAGAAAAAGCGCGCGCGCUUUCUUAUUACUACGAAGUCCACGUCGUUGACGUUUACCAGGGCGGCUACGUCAGCAUCGGCCUCGGCCCCGCAGAUUACAGUCUUUCGCAGAUGCCGGGCUGGGAUUCAGACUCGUUCGCCUACGACGGGUUUGAGGGAUCCAUCUACGCCAACCGCAGUCCGCACGUCAUCGGCUCGACGUUUGGCAUGGGCGACGUCGUCGGAUGCGGGUGGAACAUCGACACAGAGAAGCUCUUCUGGACGCGGAACGGUAAGCUGGUGCACUCCCUCAAGACGACACCCGCCACGACGCAACUCUGCCCCCUCAUCGGCAUGAAGGGAAAGGGCUGUGUGCUGGUCAAUUUUGGGGCGAGCCCGUUCGCCUACCAGGCAUGGGGCUCACCAGUGUCGACGCCGGCAACGUCACAACGGGUGUUGCUAACAAACGCGCUUGACGCGGCCGGUGUGGUCCGCGAUGGAUGGGACGCGUUUCGCCUACUCUCUACACGCGCCGCGACGACGUUAGCCGCGGCCUGCACUCAAAGGCCGGAGGUAUCAACGACGUCGUUGAUCGAGCUGGCACAGCCGGUGGGCAGCUGUAUUGACGCACUCGUCGCCGCGCUCGCCCCUGCGUCGGCUGCUCCGCUCUCGCAGUGCACCCUCCCAGCACGGUUCGUCACGACACUACUGGGCCACCUGACACUGCUGUGCAAGCUACUCCGCGGCGUGCCGGAUGGCGUGAGCGCGCCGCACACCUCCGCGCUUGCCACGUUGUUAGAGACAAUGACGAGGCGAUGGCUGCUGACGACGUUGCGUGCCGCCCCGUUCAACGAGGACGAGAGCGAGGCCGUCACGGCGCUUCUCACGACAUGGUAUCACGCAAUGUACCUCACCCCUCCACCACCAGUACCAGCACCAACACCGUCGGCAGCAGCGAAGGAGGCUCCGUCGAAUACGGCGUCGCCACCCCACAGCUUUCUUGACAUCCUUCUGCAGUUGGCGAGCUGUGUCUUGACGUCGCAGGACACACGCAUGUCUGCAUCCGGAACGCGUCACGAACCGGAGACAAACUCGUCCGUAAGCGCGGUGACAUCUUGCGACACGGUACAUUGGCUCGCGCUGGCUCUCCUGCAGCGCCUCAACAAUGAUCAAGACGAGCGUGGGUGUCAUGCGUGGCGAGAAGUCUUGCAACAGUGGCUACACACCGCUUUUAAAAAGUGCACUCCAAACAUUUCGACAUGCGGCGGCAAGGCGGCCGCUGUCGUGGCGAGCCCAAGUCGCGACGCGCUGCUUGGUUUGGCCGUCCUGGGCGGUCUCCCAAGACUUGCUGUGCCAGAGGACACCGUCAUGGCCGUUCUUGGCACACAUCUCGUUUCCCCCGUCACGCUGCUGCGUACGUUGUGGUCGGAAGAAAUCUGUGAGGUGCUGGAGGUUAACGCAUCUGACACGACGGCCUCGACGAAUGCGGCCCUCAACCUUUCCGGUGCGUCGACUUCGUCAUCCUCCGCGUACGCAGUGAAGAGGCUUCCCUUGCGUUUUGUGCACGUCACUGUGCAAGGCGACGCUCCGGGCGCGCUGACCUUUCCACUUAAAGGCAACCCGUCUCAUGUAUCGCUCGUCGACGCCGUUGUUCAGCUGGCACAACAGUGGUUCCCUCUGGUGAGCUCACUGGCUGCCGCUCGUGUGGGUGAGGACAUGUGCUGCCUUGUGGCGCAGCUAUCGUGCCUGCUGUUGCGCUGCGUGGAGCGUAGGGUCAUUGUCUUCCCCCCAAAACUCACCCCGUCGUUGUCUGCCGUGAUCGGGAUGACGGAGGAGGCAGCGCCGCCAGACAUGAACGAGGUGCAGCUGGAGCUCGUGCUGAGCUUGUGGGGGCUUUUGCAGUAUCGUCAGCGAAGAGGCCUGUCACGCGGUGUGAACAGCGCACAAGCAGAUCGCAGCGGCACUAACGAGGGUGUUGAACGGCCCGUCUCGAGCUCUGUUUUAGGUCGAGGCCUCGUCCGUGUUGGGUCGGCCACCACGCCAGAAUUCACCGCUACCUCCCUGCGUUUGCGCACGUUUGCUGCGCUGGACCUCCUCCAGCAGCGCGAGCUAACGGACGGCCCUGCGGAGCCGACGAUGGAGUACGACGACAACGAUGCAGACGCAGAGGAGGAGGACACAAACGGCGACGAGGACGAAGCGGAGAUGGACACGAUGCGGGCGUACGGACAGCAGCAGCAGCGCCGCGUUUCCAGCGGCAACGACGACGACGGCGAGGAUGAGGAGGAGGAUAGCGAAGACAACGACGGGGCUGGCGCUGCUCGUGGCGCCGCGCACCAGAUCGGAGCCGCCGUCGGCGCUAUUACAUCGAUGGCGCGCUAUCAAUCGCAGCUCUCCGCCUCAUCCUCCUCGGACUCUUUCCUCCACCCGGCUGAACGAGAGGUGUUUGACACGGUCCAUUUCAACGGCGGCUGCGUGCGUGUGCGUGGCAACACGGCUGUUGGGCUCAGUUUCACCGUGGACGUCACGCUCCGCUUGACGAACAAGGAGCGGCACCAAAUUCUCUUUGCACAAAUCCUUCGCGGUAGCCCCACCGCCACUUCACCUUCCUCAUCGCCUUCUUCUUCGGAUGUAUUGGAGCUGGUUGCUCGCGUCGUGCACAGCAACAUCGAGUUUGGCUGGCUGCCGUGCUUCCCCGGUGAAGAGGCGCAGUGCGACCCUGCCGACCCCUCGAGUUUCUGCGCCUUCGCGUUGGCGGAGGAGGACUUGCGUGCAUGGAUGCACGUGACCUUUGUGCAAUCCGGCACCACGCUUUCGCUCUUCCGCAACGGCAUGUUGAUGGACACGCGCACCAUGAAAAACGGUGGCGGACCGCUCUUUCAAGAGGAGUUUCGGCUUGGCGGCGUGCCGGGGCAACUCGACUCUACCGCGUUCAUUGGGGACAUGCGCAACUUCCACGUGUACGAGCUGGCGUUGCGGCCCGCCAUGGUGGAGCAGCUGCACCGACUAAACUCCUCCUUGUCGACUUUCCUGGAUGCGCAUGUCGCACUUUCGCUGAAGGCGACGCGGAGCGGGGUGGAGAACACCUCCAGGCCCCUCGCUGCUCUGGUACUGGGCAUCACCGCGGAGGGCGACGUCGUCUACUUGGACGAGUCUGGCGUGGCGGCGGCGCAGCGACGGCAGGUCCGGCAGACGUGCGCGCAGGAGGUGGACUUCAGCGCUGAGUCAGAGGAGGCGGAGAUGCGCUGCCUCAGCGAACCGCUGCCAUCGCAGCAGUCUGUCCUGUGGCGCAGAACACGUGGGCUGCCUCGAGAUCAACUUCUCACCGCAUGCAGUGGGUAUUACCGGCAGCUCGCGGCCUUCCACGGCGCGCACCUGCUUGUCCACGCGCUGUGCAACGUGGCAAAGUCGCCCGACCGUCUUCCGUCACCGGUGCUGCAGAGCGUCGUGGAAACGCUGACGGACGGGGCCUGUGUGGAUCGCCUGGUGCGCUGGGCCGUGUCGGCGUCCAACGAGACCAUGUCGACGCUGCUGGGCGAGGUGUGGGCAAGUUUAUGUGAUAACGGUGGUGGUGGCCAGCAGGGGAAGCGCCCGAACGCGGGUGCGCUGUGGGAGAUGGGCGACUCACUCCUCGCGGAGCUGCUACGCAUCGCUCAGCAACCGCAGCACCUCUUCACGUUUGAGUCGGCCCAUCCGCAGCGGCCCUUCGCGUCUGACGUGUACGAGGUCAACGUGCCCGAUCAGCGCUCCUACGGCGUCUUCAUGGAUGAGCGGAGCGUAGCGCGGUGGCGUCUGGUCACCGUCUCGCGCGAUCGGACCAUGAGCACGGUCUUGUCGGAGUUUUACACGACGAUGCUCUCCUCCUUUGAGGUUCGGCUGCCGAAGUUUUUUGUGACGGUUCGCUCCGCUGCGGAAGCCGCCAAUUGGGGACAUCGUAUGACGGUGGUGCACGACUACCAACUACAGCUCCGCGCCAUGCGUCUCUUCCGCAGCGCGUUGUCCGCCGUGCUCAGUGUUCCCAAUACCGCCGCCACCCCCACCGCGUACAUUUGGUCAGUAAACUGCUUAACGGCGUUGUGUGCGGUAGCCCAGCGGAACACGAGCAAGACGCGGCUUCUCGCCCUCACCUGCCUCAACGACUUAUUCCUCUUUGGGCAGCGCUACGAUACGGUGCCACCCCCGCUGGCGAUGCCGCAGCUGAUGCACAACAUGCGACGCAUGGCGGUGCGCCACUACCGGCGGCGUCUCUCCACCCAGCGCGUCCUCGGCCGCUUCAUUCAACUCAGCAUGGAGAGCCACGUGAUGCAGCGGGAUGCGGCACAGUGCUGGUACACCUUGCAUGACCCCAAGACUCACGGCGGCAGCAGCAGCAACGGCGUACGUUGUCUUGGCACCGUGCCAGCGAGCGAGGCAACGAGCGCUCUCGAGCGCCAAGCUUCCGCGCCGCGCGGCGCACCAGCCGGAGUUUCUGCUGAUGCUGCUGUUGUUGUGGCUGCCACGGACGCGGAUGCGGAGACGACGCGGUUUGCGCAGCAGCGGCAGGAGCAGCAGCAACUGUAUCGCCAGCGUGACAGCAGCGAGGAUCGUGUGUCCAUCCAAAAGCUGCGCGUCUCGCCUAACUUUGAGCACAUGUGGCUCCCGGAAGGCCUAUGCGUGCUGCGCGGUGAUGGCGCUGGCGGGUCUGUCAUCGCCGCUGCACCGCUGACGGCGGGGAGGUGGUACUUCGAGGCCCGUGUGGGCGGAGCCGGAAGCAUUUCCAUCGGCGUGCUGCCCAUCCUGGUGCCUGCUGGCGAGGAGUACGAGAUGCCGUUUCCGCUGACGCGAGCUACGCUGCAGGAUCGCGAGCCCGUUGCCUUCAACGGUUGCAGUGGCGUCUUCAACGACGGGGCGGGGCAGCGGUGCCUUUUUGCCUCCGACGCGCUGCCUCUCUGGUGCAACAAGGACUUUUUGGGUGUUGUCGUGGACGUCCCUGCGCAGCGCUGCAUCAUCCUCGUGAACGGCGUAGAGGCGGUGCACUUCUCUUUUGGUGCGGAGGCCGCCAACGAGAAUGCGGCUGCCGUAACUUCUUUCGGUGAUGUGGCGUCGUCGUCGUUUGGACAGUCUCCCCUCAUGGGCGAGUUUGACGGGCUGCGUGUGUUGAACAGUGUUGGUGCUUCCGCUGGUCGUGCAAGUAGUACGUUCCCUACCCCUGCCUCCGUCGCCGGCAGAAGAGAGACGGCUAGGUCCGUGGUGUACUACCCUUACGUGUCCAUCGACCUAGCCACCUCCGUCUCGCUCAACUUUGGCGCGGCGUACUUCGAAUAUGAGGUGCCCGUCGGCUGCUUGCCGCUGGACCCCACCAACUUGUCCCUCGGCACCGUCUUUCCCUACAACCAAAUGCGCUCGUUGCAGGACAUCGCCGCCUAUCUCUUCACCGGUGGCCGCUAUCCGCUCCCGCCGUUUUAUUACGAGGAGGCCGACCCUUUUGCCGGCUCAAUUGAGCGCGUGGGCCCGGCGCACGUCUCGGUGCACGCCUCUGCCAACGUGCAGGUGAACAUGGAAGAGGUGAAAAACAUGGGGCUGGCCUUUGAGACCGUCAUGGGCGAUUGCGCUGUGAGCGCCGGUGCGUGGUACUACGAGGUCACCCUCCGCACCCAAGGCGUGCUGCAGAUCGGCUGGAUGGAGAAGGGUGAGACGCUGCACGGCAACGGCCACGGCGUCGGGGACUCCUCCACCUCCUGGGCGGUGGACUUGUUCCGGCGCGUGAUGUGGCACCGCGGGGUGCCGGAACCGGUGAACAUUCCGCGUCGAUGGACCGCCGGGGAUGUGCUGGGCUGCGCCUUCGACAUCACCCACGGCGAGCUCAGCUUCUUUCUGAACGGGCGACCCAUCACCGGCGUUCUCGCCCUCAAGGCGGAUUCACCGCUGCUGGAGGCCUGCACGUUCCAGGGGGUCCCGCAAGGGCGGUACUACGUGCCCGCGGUCUCGCUUCGCUCCGGUAGCGCCAUCAGCUUCAACUUCGGCUCGUCGCCGUUCAAGUACAAGCCGGACGGCUUCAACCCGCUCGGGGUGCCGGACUCGUGGAAUGAGCGGAUGGACGCCUUUUACAACAACGCGCCUGCGGCCAGCACCAUGCGGCGGCUGAUGGCGAUGCAGGAGGUGUGGCGGGUGCUGAGUCACGCGCACCGCACGUUGGAUCUCGCUGCAGGAGCAGGGGCGGCCGAAGGACGCGUCUCUUCCCCUGCAGCGUCAACGUCACACAGCAUGGACGACUUGGAAGCUCACCUCAAGCCUUACCGCCUAAUUGUGCACGCCACCGACAAGUUCUCCGACGACGGCAUGAACGCCUUCACGAAGAGCAGCGAAGAGCAGCUGAAAAACCACCUCAUGAACUACUCCUACCCCGAAACCACCGUCACGGAAGCAAAGGCGAUCGCAGAGCAGUCGUGGGAGAUGUUCAAAGUUCUCAAGGCGGUCAGCAACGUCACGAACGCACUACUGCCGUUUCUCUCGUUAAACAUCCCCCACCCAUCGCUCAUGACACUCCUCUUUCUCACCAUUCGAACGCUGCUCUUCAGUGCAGUGCGUCGCGACCUGGUCGAGAGCGUUCUGGCGGUGUCCUCUCUGCGGUCGGAGCUGUACCGCAUCUCCAUCAACCGCGCCAAGGCACACGCCGAUACGCAGUCGGUAAAGGCGUCAGUGUUCGGCCAGACCUUUGCCUUGCUAGGCAGCCAGCCGCCACGCAUCUUCCAGACGCGGCAGCGCUUUUGGAACACCGUCUUUUUAGGCGAGGGUGCUGAGGACGCCGGCGGGCCGUUUCGCGAGCAUCUCAGCGAGAUGUGUCGGGAGUUGAUGUCGACCCGCCUGCCCUUCUUCGUGCCGACGGCGAACCACGUGCACAACACGGGCAGCUACCGCGAGGCCUUCGUGCCCGCCGCGUCCGCCUGCACCCCGUAUGAUCUUGAGGCUUUUGUGUUCAUUGGCCGGCUCAUGGGCGGCGCCUUCCGCAGCGAAGACCCGCUGGACCUUUUCUUGCCACCGCUCGUGUGGCGCUACCUCUGCGCAUACCCCAUCACAGAGACGGAGGUGGAGCAGGUGGACGCGAUUUGCGUGCAGUGCGUUCGCGAAUUUCGCAAGCUCGCUGCCUCUCCAGGCGGUGCGCCAGCGGAGGAAGAAGAGGGCGGCGGUGACGAGGGGAGCGCUGCGGAGCUCUUCGAGGACGUCUUCGGCGAGGAGUACUUCGUCACCCAACUCAGCGACCACUCGACGAAGGAGUUGGUGGAAGGCGGGGCGCAGGUGCGGGUGACGCUGCGGCGCAGUUACGAGUACGCCGAGGCGUUGCUACACGCGCGGGUGCACGAGUUCGAUGUGCCGCUACGCAAACUGCGCGAGGGACUACUGUCGGUGGUGCCGGAAGUGGCGGUGCUACUGCUGACGCCCGCCGAGCUGGAGCGCCGCAUCUGCGGACAGGCCGACUACAAGCCCGAGGAGCUGCGAAAGGGAGCUUUUUACGAAGGCUUGACGAGUGAAGAUCGGCGGGUUCAGCUGUUAUGGAAGGCGCUGGACGCAGCCACACCUCUGCAGCGCCGGCUUUUUCUCCGCUUCGUCUCGGGCCGCGAUCGGCUGCCCAUCAAGUUACGCGUUCUCCCCCUCACCACACAGGCCGAUCCGGACACGAUGCUGCCGCGCGCGGCGACGUGCUUCUUUGCGAUCGAGCUGCCCGACUACAGCUCGCUCGACGUGAUGAAGCAGAAGUUGUUUUACAGCGUCGAAAACUGUGCGGACAUGGACACCGACUUCAACGCGCGCAUUGUCGACCAAGACGAAGCACCGCAGCUGUCUGUCGCGCUGGAGGACGCGCAGCCCCAUUUUAUGACGCAGCUCAAUUCCGACGAGGAUUAG